AGAGAGAGAGCAGCAGGGAAGAGGGUGCGUAACAAGAGAACCGAAAAACCUCCAGAGGAAAGGGAGAAAGGCAAACCCUAGGAAAUUCUUGGAUUCCGAUCUUGAAUCAUUAAAGAUUUGCAUUUCGAGAUCUUAAUUCUUCAAGAUUCCAAAGGAACUGGUUGAUCUUGGCCAUGGCGAAUUCCAAGGGGUCAACAAAUAUAAGAAAUUUGAUGUUUGCUGGAAAGCAUCCCCUACUUCCUCCUAAAUGUCCAUUUCCUACUGUCUCUUCAGCAUAUAAUGAUAAUGCCCCCAACAAUGUAAUUGGAUCAAAAGUGGUUCAAAAGCCCAGAGAGGGAAGUACAUACCACCAGCGCACUUCCUCCGAAAGCUUUCUAAUAGAGGAACAACCGUCUUGGCUUGAUGAUCUCCUUAAUGAGCCAGAGACUCCUGUGCGCAGAGGAGGUCAUCGACGAUCAUCGAGCGACUCUUAUGCAUACAUCGAUGUAUCUAAUGCUCCUAGCCUAGAUUAUGCAGCUCAGGAUGAUUAUGGUUAUAAAAAUAUGAAUUCUGGACUUUCUUGGGCAUCUCAGGACUUUGAUCAUCAACAUCGCAAAGAUUCUCUUCGUAACUCUUUCUAUGCUGAUGUGAACUUGGUAAAGCAAAAUAAUAGGGCUUGGGAUUCAUCUUUGAAUGCUGUAUCUCAUCCAAGUGGGCUUCCUUCUCUUAGAGGAAACACAUUUGUUCAGGGCUUAGGAUCAUGUGCACCACGAGAAUUAGAAGGUGCACCAACAACAGGAAAUGGAAAACAAGAUUCUGCUAAAUCUGUCCCUCUUGAUGCAAAAGCUUCUUCUGAGAAAAAGGAUAAUUGUCAUGCCAAGUCUUCUGCAUCUUACAGUGACACAAAAAGAGCCAAGCAGCAGUUUGCUCAACGCUCAAGAGUGCGUAAACUUCAGUACAUAGCUGAGCUGGAAAGAAAUGUACAAGCUCUGCAGGCUGAAGGAUCUGAAGUUUCAGCUGAGCUUGAGUUUGUCAACCAACAGAAUCUUAUUCUUAGCAUGGAGAACAAAGCUCUUUCGCAACGUUUAGAGAGUUUAUCCCAAGAGCAUGCUAUCAAAUAUCUUGAGCAGGAAGUAUUGGAGAGGGAGCUUGGUAGGCUACGAGGCUUGUACCAGCAGCAGCAGCAGCUAAAGCAUCCAUCUUCAAGCCAUCGUCGCUCGAGCAGUAGAGAUAUUGAUUCCCAAUUUGCAAACCUAUCUCUGAAAGAGAAGGAUACCAGUUCCAGUCAUGGCACUGUCACUGGUCCACUCCGCAUUUAAAUAUCUAAUCUAGCCAGAGCUUUUUGCGCCACUACCACAUACCCUUUGCGCGGGAUAAAAGCCAAGUCCAUCAAGUCUUGGUUCCCUCCCUCUGCCUGAUCUUGUUAUUUUCCAUCAUAACUUACCCUUUUAUUUUCCUUUCAGCCAAUUAAAUAUCGAUGUGCACCUGGUAGUCGCUGCCAGAAAAUUCGAUUUCUGGCGCAUGAUUCACCUGAGGUGGUAAACAUAAGGGCAGGUUCUCCCUCCCCCACCCGGUCCUGUCCGUUAAUCAGUGGUUAUUAUGAUUUUGAAAUUUUACUUGUUCUCCAUUCUGAGUAUCCACCCACUGGUUCCCACCUUAUACUGCAGAGACCGUUAGGCUGUUUAGAUGUGCAUUAUAUAUGAUGCAUAAUGGCAGGAAAAUAUUUAUUGUACAAUGCUUUCAAUCAAAUCUAUGCCAUAUUUCUGGGUUCUAUUGGUUAUAA